AUGGAGCGGGAUCGAGUACCCGAUCACCGGAAAAAUACGUUCAAAACCAAAGGUAUUUUUAAGGCAGAGGAAUUAAGAAGGAGACGUGAAGAGCAACAAGUUGAAAUUAGACGAAAACACAGAGAGGAAUCGUUGGCUAAACGACGAAAUCUAAAUAUUUCCGGCGUUGUUGCUUCUGAUUCGGAAGAUGAAGUGCAAGUAGCGGCUGCUAAUGCUCAGCUACAAGAACAGUUACCAGGAAUGCUGGAAGGUGUAAUGUCAACUAAUGUUGAGGCGCAACUUGCAGCCACCACGAAAUUCCGAAAAUUAUUGUCAAAGGAAAAGAAUCCACCGAUUCAGCAAGUGAUCGAGUCUGGCGUUAUUCCUCGCUUUGUCGAAUUCUUGAAGUCACCUCAUACUCUUAUUCAAUUUGAAGCUGCUUGGGCUCUUACUAACAUCGCAUCCGGCUCACCGGAACAAACGAAAGUUGUGAUUGAUUCCGGAGCUGUUCCGAUCUUUGUCCAAUUGUUAGAAAGCCCAGUUGCUGAUGUGAAAGAGCAAGCCGUCUGGGCGCUGGGAAAUAUUGCCGGCGAUAGUCCUCCAUGUCGUGAUUAUGUCUUACGUGAGGGAGCUCUCCGUCCUUUACUUCGUAUAUUGCACGAAAAUCAUAAGCUCUCCUUGUUGCGUAAUGCAACUUGGACCUUGUCUAACUUUUGCCGUGGAAAGAAUCCGCAACCUGAUUGGCAACUAGUUUCUCCCGCGUUGCCGAUACUUGCCAGACUUAUCUACUCUGUUGAUGAGGAAGUAUUGAUUGAUGCUUGCUGGGCUUUGUCUUACUUAUCGGAUGGACAGAAUGAAAGAAUUCAAUCUGUUAUUGAAGCUGGUGUUUGCCGUCGUUUAGUUGAGCUCUUGAUGCACCCAUCACUUUCUGUACAAACACCGGCAUUGCGGUCAGUUGGUAAUAUUGUCACCGGCGAUGAUGUUCAAACUCAAGUUAUUAUCAAUUGUGGUGCGCUUCCGGCUUUAUUAUCCUUAUUGUCGAGUCAUAAGGAAGGUCUUCGCAAAGAAGCUUGCUGGACGAUUUCCAAUAUCACUGCCGGUAAUAGUGAGCAAAUUCAAGCAGUCAUGGAUGCCGGUAUUAUUCCUCCGCUUGUUCAUAUAUUGGAAACCGCCGAUUUAAAGACACGAAAAGAAGCUUGUUGGGCUAUUUCCAAUGCAACUUCUGGCGGUUUGAAUAAACCACAAAUCAUCAAAUUCCUCGUCAGUCAACGAUGCAUUAAACCGCUUUGUGAUCUAUUAACUUGCAUGGACAAUAAAAUCAUUCAAGUUGCUCUCGAUGGACUUGAGAAUAUCUUAAAAGUCGGCGAAACGGAAAAAGGUGAAGACGGAAAUCCAUACGCCUUAUAUAUAGAGGAAAUCGGUGGCAUGGAAAAAAUUCAUAAUCUUCAAAUCCACGAAAAUACGGACAUAUAUAAAAAAGCAUAUAAUAUUAUUGAUACAUACUUUGGCGAUGAAGAUGAAGAAGACGCGAAUUUGGUACCACAAAUGGAUAUGUCGACUGGUCAGUUCUCGUUCGGAAAUAAUGUCAAUGCUCCUCCCGGUGGUUUUAACUUUGGUGGUGGGCAAUCAAUGUAA